CGUGCCGUCGGUUCAAAAACACGAUAACUCGACAAAUAAGGCAUUUGUCGUGUUUUCGUAUCGGCGGUGCAAAGUCACGACAACGCAACAACUAAGGGGCGCCAAAAUGACAUAUUUGUACCCACCAACACGAAAACUCGAAAAAUAAAUAUCUCAUGCCGGCGCCCUAUAAACGUCGUGUUUUCCUGUAAAAUGUGUCAAGUGGUGUUUUCGCCUCGCUAACACGACAUGGCAGAAAUCAGCUGCCACAACAACUGGUCUCAUUUUGUAUGAGACACUAUGUAAUUUUUAAAUGAGCUGCGUGAUUUGCCUGAUAUUUGGCAUAAUAUCAAACAUUAUAUUUUUAGUGUUUACGUAUCUUCAUUAUGGUUAUCUACGCACUAAAGUUAGAUAGUGUGGAAUCCCAAACAGAUAAUGACGCAAUAAAUGAUCCUAUCUGAAGAAAUAUCUCGAUUCUAUAUAUGUGAAUAUAACAAACAUGAAAAGAAACAUGCAGGGUGUGUUUAGUGUGAACGUUCAGCUACAAAAUCUUACAAGACAACAAGUAGCCUAUGUUCAUAACAAAGUGUGUCAAAAAGGAUACCAGAUAGACGACUACAUUCUAAAAUCUUCUAAAAGUGUGCGAUACAUCAUUCAAAUGCUCCUGCGUUUACCGCUGGUAUUUGCAAUACAUUAUUGGCUAUUACUGGGUCCCUAUUCGGAAAGUAGUGUUUUCGAAAUACUUUGGUUUAUAGCCAGAAUGUUUGUUGUCUAUACAAUGGCUCGCGCUUGGAUCUUCAAUACAAAAACUUUACUGCUGCAAUACGGCUCAAUAUUUUUAGAGAUCUGCAUUGGAGUGAUAGAGGAAUCCUUAUACUGGACGUUUCAGAACGAAGCUGACGAAGUCUGCCAUGAAUCACGUGUUGUCACGUGGGGUGAUGUUGAUGACGUUUGGUGGAAACCAGCACUUAUUGUUGUAUUAGUAGAAUCCAUAUAUUUUUGGUUACAUGUGUACAUGCACAUGAAAUUUCAAAAUUUAGAUCAACAUUUCAAUCGCUGUUGCAGCUUUAUUGCAUUUCUUAUACCUUUUUGCCUAUUAAUGUUUGAUAUCUUGCCAAGUGUUUCGUCUUCGGCAGUAUAUUAUAUGAUUAAGGUACGUCUUGCAGUUGUCUUAGUAACAGGAAUGUUUAAAAUGGAGGCUCUUGACAGAAAGAUUGAUUUUCAAAACCUGAGUGAAGAAACUGAAAAGUGUAACUUUCUUCAUGGGGAAGACGAACAGAAAUCAGUUCGGCGAAUUCAUUAUUUAGAAAACAGGGUCAAACUGAAUCGAAACGAGGCGCAUAUCAUGAAUAGCUUCACCAGUAAUCGAGGUGUCAGGGAUUUACUUCUUAUUUUUGGUGUACUUUAUUUUGUAUCAGCAUUGAUUUUAGAACUAUUUUGGUAUCAAACAGCUAAUGUUUCUGAUUUUGGCAGUCCUUAUUUUAUCGCUAAAUUCCUUCUAAACUGGUCUACAACAGUAGUACCUGUAAUAACAGUCACUUCUUUGUUAGGGCGCAUAGAAACUGUCGUUACUGGUUUUGCAGUCUGGUUAGUAUCUUGGGAUGUAAACAUUAUCAAUGCAAUCAAUAUGAAUUCGGGAGUGGUUGCACAGUAUACAUUUGCAACUUUAUUGCUAGAAUCGGGCAUCCCUUCAACAAAUACCAAUCUAGACGUAGAAGGGUUAUGCAUUAUAGUCUGUUUGAUUGUUUAUUAUACUUUAGUUCAAGCAAUUGAUCUCGUCGGACGUAAGAUACUAGAGAUGAGCAACCGCGGAGCACGUCUUGCAGUAUGGUUUUACUUUCGAGUACUGAUCACACUUAUAUUAUUAGCGGUAGUUCCAAUGAUAGCCUUAGUACUCUUGGCUGAUCAACUUGUUAAGGACCCAUGGAUUUUAUAUUUUUCGUCAGGUAGCAUUAUCUUAAUUUCAAAUGUUUUAUUCUUUGUUAUUGAAUGGUUGAUAGUGUCGUUUACGUGGUAUACAGACCAGUAUUUGAAUGUUUUGGAGAAGAGUAUUCAAUAUACACAAGUUGCUAAACAAUUCAGUUACCUUUUAUUGUUGCCUUUGCAAUUUUAUGCCAGAUAUUAUAUUCCCGCCUUCAGAGCGUGGUGGAUGUUCCGAGCUGGAAAUUCAAUUUUCAACUACAUUUUCUUGGUAAUCUUAUUUAUCUCACAGCAGAAACGUAUAUAUGACGACAGAAAAAAGUUGCUGAAGUUGCUCAACAGCCUUUCGGAUGUUUCAUACACGAAUAUUUCAUCUAAUGGACAAACGAAUCGUGUUUGUUCAAUUUGUUUCUCUACAUUAGAUGUUGGGAAGGCGCUUCCAUGCACGCACACGUUCCAUGAAGAGUGUUUACGACAAUGGUUUCAAGUGAGGAUUGUAUGUCCAACCUGUAAUUCACAAGUACAGUAAGGCAAUAAAAUAUGAUGUACUGACAUCUACGUGCAUCACCUUUACUCAUAAAAUAUGUAAGAAAACACGUUAAAAGUAUAGAACGCAUCACAGAGAAUACAACUCUGUUUAAUUAAUAGUGUUCAUGGGAUAUGAUUCAUUACGCCCCGACACAGUCUUAAGCGGAAUAUUAUUACACAGUAAAGUUAAAAGAAUUACAGGACCAGAAAUGAAGUAUUCUUAAAAAUUGAGAAUGUACUGAAUUUUCAAGGAAUAUAUUUAACAUUAUACCUUACAUUUUUAUCCUACUGAGUUACAUGUUAAACUGAUAUAUAAAUAUAUAUAUAUAAAUAUAUAUAAACUGA